CCUCGUGAUCCAUCCGCCUCGGCUUCCCAAAGUGUUGGGAUUACAGGUGGGAGCCACUGCGCCUGGCCUAACCACCACCAAGAUUCCUAAAAGGCAAAUAGGAAGCAGCUGUGACUUAUUGGAAGGAAAGAAUGGCAGCAAGUCCUGGGGGAGCUGUGCCUGCACCAGAUCUCCCGCUAUUGAGGAUGACGCCAGGUCCUGGGAAAAUGAUACUGUCUUGGUCCAGCCUCCACCUCUUCGUCUCCAGAACUGAUGUUCCCCCUGUUAAAGGAGCUGAUAUGCUGAUGCCUGCCUUCGCUGGGAACGGUCCAGUCCUGCCCGCCUGGCGCUCAGCUCUGUGGAUCUCAGGGGAUGGAGUGGCAAUCUCAUUGCUCCCGCCUCUCCUGGCCCCUCUCGCCUUCUCCUCGAGACCCAGGUUAAGUGGGCAGAGGGCUCCGAGGGUCCCCUCCCGCCGUGGGAUUGCUCAGAGGGCUGGGUCCGCAGGCUGGCUAAAAGGACCUAGCCCAGGAUUGGGAGGCAGCGCCCUCCCCGCAGCUGGACAGACUCCAAAGCCCUCCCCGCAGCUGGACACGCCCAAAGCCCAGCAGGGGCGUGUCCGCGCGCUCACCUGCCAUUGGCCAGGUGGGGCCGUCGGCUGCCAGCAGUGCUUGUGCUUUAAGUGCGGAGCGGGUGGCUGCGGAGCCAGGCGCUGCGCAGGAUGGUGGACAGCGUGUACCGGACCCGCUCCCUGGGGGUGGCAGCCGAAGGGCUCCCGGACCAGUAUGCGGACGGGGAGGCGGCGCGCGUGUGGCAGCUGUACAUCGGGGACACCCGCAGCCGCACCGCCGAAUACAAGGCAUGGCUGCUCGCGCUGCUGCGCCAGCACGGCUGCCAGCGGGUGCUCGACGUGGCCUGUGGCACCGGGUGAGCCCAGGCCGGGGCCGGGGGCGUUGCAUGAGAUCGGGGUCUGGCUCAGCCUGUACCGCGCGGCCGCAGAACCACAGGGCCGGGCACGUCAGGGCGGCCUUUGCCAGCCUGGAACGGGUGGGACACAAGGGCCAGGAGCAGGUACCUGCCCGGCAGAACAGGCACUGCGAGUGCCCCUUGAGGCCAGGGGUCCGGGUAGCGGUGCGCAGGGAGAGGCCCCGGAGAAGGGAGACUGAGUGUGAGUGAGGGUGUGGGCAGAAAAAGUGAGCGUUCCUGAGGCUUUGGAGCCAGAGCCACAGACUGCAAAUAUUCCUCCUGUGAUGGCCUUGGGCAGUGUUAACAGUUAACAUUGCUCAACAUUCGCAUCUGCCAAGCCCAGUGCUAGGAGCUUUUGAUAAAUCAGUUUUUCAAACCGUCACAAAGCCCCAUGAAGUUAAGCAGUGAUAUUCUCUCAUUUACUACUGGGGAAGUAAGGCCUCAGCAAAGUAAAAGUCCCUCAUCAUCCAGUGAAAAGGAGCUAACAGGCCCGGGGCCCGGGUUGGUUAAGAUCUGUUCUGUGCUCUAUUUUUCUUUCUUUCUUUUUUUUUUUUUGAGACGGAGUCGUGCUCUGUCGC